CCUCUCACAAAUCUCUCAUUUUGUUUGAGAAAAAUUACUCUCACACUUUUCUCUCUCUCUCUAACCCUCUGAGAAGAAAAAAAAAUUAUAACAAUGGCUGCAAGGUUGGUGGCUAGACAAGCCGCUUCUCUAUGUAGGGUUUCCACUCCAAAGUCUGCAGCUGAUGCCACUCAGCUUAUCCAACGACGUGGUCUUGCAGGAGGUGGAGAUCAUCAUGGACCCGCAAAGGUGAACUGUUGGUCAGACCCAAUGAGCCCAUCUAGAUGGAAGGAAGAGCAUUUUGUGAUUGUCUCUUUAGCUGGAUGGGGUUCAGCUAUUUACGGUGGUUACAAAUUCUUCACUGGAGGCAAGAAAGGAACUGAAGAGAAAGUGGCUGAAGCAACUCUGCAGAAAGUGGUUGAAGCAUCUCACUAGGCUGGGUCCAGAAUUUUGUUUAUGUUGUGGUCGUUCUUAAGUUCACCUCCAAAUAAGUUUACCUAAAACGUCAGAUCCUCUGUGGGGACCAUAUUUUUCUUUUGUUUUGAGAUAAUCCAGUUUGUGAGUAUUUUUAUUUGCGAACCCUCCUGGAUAAUGUUAGGAUUGAUAUUCAUUUUAUUCCAUUCGUCGUUCUGAUGAAUUGGUCCUGUACCUGGUUUAUCAAUAACAGCUUCUUCCUUGUUCAAGUAUGGGUGCUAAACAUAUUUUUUUUGGC